AUGACAAUCUAUCCGCCCUAUUAUUCUGGCCUUUCGGAUUAUCCUUGGAUGGAUGCUCGUCCUAAUAAAUUUCCUGGGGAAGGGGAAAAGGUUUCCCUACCGUCUAUUCGUCAGGCUUUCCCCGAAUUUGAACAGCAAAAACAAAACUUCGUGGCUACGACACCAUAUUCCGUAACUAGUCCUGCUAGAUGGUCUUCCAAUGGAGAGACAACGCCCCCAGAGUACAUACAUUCGCCAGCCUAUCAGAAGAGACACUUCGGGAGUGGGAGGGACGUUGGGGGAACAAACUCGGUUCCAAGGCUAUUAAACAGUUCGAACAGGAGCCCUUAUCGCUCGGUAUCACCACCCCUUGAUUAUAGGACGGAUAUAGGAGCAUGGGGCAAGCCAACCCGAGCUGGCCAUCCAACUGGCGAUGGCACUCUCCAACAAUAUAUCACAAAGCCAGGACAUCAUGAACAAGCAGAGCAUCAAACAGCUUUAUCGAAAUUAUCCACGUUAAAUCUCGCUCGAGAUAGAACUGAACCGUUCCCACGCCUGCCGAGCGACGACUAUAUUCGAGAAACUCAGAGAAGAACGAGAACCCCAGAAGACAUGAGCACUAACACCUACGGUUUAGAGAUAAGGCCAGCUUCACACCGACCUACCAAUCACCACUACUACAAUUACCAUCAUCCUAACCGAGGGCAAUCUCUUUCUGUGGGAUCGGCCCAUAUCUUUGACAGGCCAUCGCUAUAUUCUCCAGUGAUCUCGCCUGCCACGUAUGGCCACCAAUCACAUGAUAGCUACAUGCCCGUCCGCGAACUCGGCGUUGGGAGAAACUACGAAGGCAAGCAGCGAAAGCGUCGUGGGAAUCUACCAAAAGAGACGACAGAUAAACUCCGCGCCUGGUUUCACUCCCACUUAUCGCAUCCGUACCCAACAGAGGAUGAAAAGCAACAACUGAUGACAGAGACCGGUUUGCAAUUAAAUCAAAUAUCGAACUGGUUUAUCAACGCGAGACGACGGCAACUACCUAAUAUGAUCAACAACGCUCGUGCCGAGGCUGGCGCUACGACCGUGCGCGGCGCAGAUAGCGGCUUAAUACCUUCGACCGAAAAGGCCGAUUACGACCCGGACGGUAGACUCCUAAGUGAUGAAGAGGCUGGUGCAACUCGUGACGUUGAUGACGUUGAAUCAGAGUCGACUAAACGGCGCAGAGUCAAUGGCAACAAACGGGAUAGCAUAUGA